AUGGGGCUCUGGCUGAGAGGUGCGGUCCUGCGGGCACUUAGGGGUUCCCGGGGAUUUUGCAGAUCUCCUGGGCAGCCAUCACCUCUCCCUGCUCCCCAGAAGGUGGUGGCCACUUGGGAAGCCAUCAAUCAGGGACGGCAGCCAGUGCCCGAGUAUUUCAACUUUGCCCAUGAUGUGCUGGACACGUGGAGUCAGAUGGAAAAGGUUGGGCAUCGGCCCCCAAAUCCUGCCUUCUGGUGGGUAGGUGACUCAGGAGAAGAGGUCAAGUGGAGCUUCGAGGAACUGGCCAAACAGUCCAGCAAGGCAGCCAACGUCCUGGAGGAUGCGUGUGGCCUGCGGCCUGGGGACAGGGUGAUUUUGGUGCUCCCGCGGCUCCCGGAGUGGUGGCUGAUCAGCGUGGCUUGCAUGCGAACAGGGGUCGUCAUGAUUCCAGGCAUCUGUCAACUCACGGAGAAGGACCUCAAGUACCGGCUGCAGGCGUCCAGGGCCAAGUGCAUUAUCACCAGCGACUCUCUAGCUGCACGGGUGGAUGCCAUUAGCGCUGACUGCCCCUCCCUCCAGACCAAGCUGCUCGUGUCAGACAGUAACCGGCCAGGCUGGACAAACUUCAGGGCACACCUCCGAGAGGCUUCAGCCAAGCAUGACUGCGUGAAAACCCGGAGUCAAGACUCCUUGGCUAUCUAUUUCACCAGUGGAACUACCGGAGCCCCCAAGAUGGUCGAGCACUCUCAGAGCAGCUACGGACUGGGCUUCGUGACCUGUGGCAGGCAGUGGAUGGCCUUGACUGAGUCAGACAUCUUCUGGAAUACAACUGACACUGGCUGGGUGAAGGCAGCCUGGACGCUCUUCUCUGCCUGGGCCAAUGGAGCUUGCAUUUUUGUGCAUGAGCUACCCCGAGUUGAUGCCAAGACCAUCCUGAAUACUCUCUCCCUGUUCCCGAUCACCAACCUCUGCUGUGUUCCAACCCUCUUUCGGCUGCUUGUGCAGGAAGAUCUGACCAGGUACAAGUUUCCGAGCCUGAGGCACUGCUCAACAGGAGGCGAGGCCCUCAACCCUGAUGUGAGAGAGAAGUGGAAGCUACACACUGGCUUGGAACUGUUUGAAGGCUAUGGACAGUCAGAAACAGUAUUAAUUUGUGGCAAUCUAAAAGACGCACUCAUCAAGUCCGGAUCCAUGGGCAAAGCAAUCCCACCUUAUGAUACACAGAUUGUGGAUGAUGAAGGCAACGUUCUGCCUCCAGGAAAAGAGGGGAACAUUGGCAUCCGUGUCAGACCGAACAGACCCUUCUGUUUCUUCAAACACUAUUUGGAAAAUCCUGAGAAGACGGCAGCAUCAGAGAAAGGGGACUUCUACAUCACGGGGGACCGAGCCCACAUGGAUGAGGAUGGCUACUUCUGGUUCGUCGGGAGGAGUGACGAUGUGAUCAACUCUUCAAGCUACCGGAUCGGGCCCGUGGAGGUGGAAAGUGCCCUGGCUGAGCACCCAGCUGUCCUGGAGUCUGCCGUGGUCAGCAGCCCAGACCCCAUCAGGGGGGAGGUGGUGAAGGCAUUUGUCGUCCUUUCCCCAGAGUACUCCUCUCACGACCCAGAGGUGCUGACCCGGGAACUCCAGGAGCAUGUGAAGAGAGUGACUGCCCCAUACAAAUACCCCAGGAAGGUGGCUUUUGUUUCUGAACUGCCUAAGACAGUUUCUGGAAAGAUCCAAAGGGCCAAACUGAGAAGCCAAGAGUGGGGUAAAUGA